UGUCUCUGUACCUCCUUCCAUUAGUGUUUUAAAGCUAGAAAUUAAGUAACUCUAAAAUGUAGAGUUUUUACGAUUAUUUGUGUGUGCGCGCGCAUGUGUGUGCAUGUGCAAGGGCAAGUACCUGUGCCACAUGGAACAUGUGGAGGUCCUGUGUGCCAUCUGGGUAUUGAGCUCAGGCUUGCACAGCAGGAUCUCACGCCUAGCAGUCUCAUGGUUGUAAAUGUACAGAGUAAGGUUCUGGUAUUGUUUUCUUUAAAGGGACUUUACAAACUAAAUUUUUUGGUGGCUGUUGUCUUAUGAAAUAUAAUCCAGGUAAUACUGAAACACUGAAAAAAAAGAACAGAAGUUUGAAAUUUCUUCUGGCUGAGCUAAAGAACUUCAGUUGUUUUUAGAGUUAAGUGUUUGAAAAUCAGAUCAAACCUUGUAUAUGUUUCUGUUCCCCUGUGGCUGUUCUGCAGCUUUAGAUUCCAUGUGCCAUUUGAAUUUCAGCACAAGAAGUCUGAUGAGUGUCAGGCAGGACUCUGUUGUCAUUAGGACUUGGAUUUGAGUGGCAGGAGCAUGUGACUGCUUUGCAAGGAGCUAUUUUUGGUAUGGGCUGUUGGCUUAGUCUCCAAACUGUAGCAAGUUAGUGUGAGACACAUUUGUAGAGGCGCAAAAAAGGACGAACAUUGUGAUGUGAGUUCUGAAGUUUCGAUAUGGGCUGUUGCUUCAGCAAAGAACUCAGUAAUGACAGUGACAAUGAGAAAAUUGGCCUGUUACAAAAAUGUGUGGAAGAGAAGAAACCGGAGACCAAGAUAAGUAAAACUUUAUCUUCAUUAUUUGAUACCCUUGAAGGUGAGGAGCUUCAUAAUGUUGAAAAUGGACCCAGCAGAGCAGCCGCUGGUGUUACUGUGUGGACUAAAGUCUUUACCAGGUCCAGGCACAAACAGGAUCAUAGAUCAAAGCAGUCAUUGAAUUCUAAUUCCUCUACCACUUAUGAGUUCUUUUGUGGGUCUGAAAAUUUAGAUGAGGUUAACAAGAAUUUAGAUACUGUUGCUAUUGAAGAGAAUUCUGAGAUUGCCAGUGAUCCACUGGGUAUGAAUAGUAAUAGACAGGCUUGUUCUGAAAAUGACCAGCCUUUCUCACGUGUGCCCAUGUCUUCUGACCAGCAGGAGAAAAUUUUUGUAAGUGACCAUCUGCAAUGUUACCUGGCCACUUGCAAAAACUCAUUAGAAAAAGAAAACGUGCUAAAUGGUGGAAUCAGUAGUUUAAAUGAGAGUAACUCUGUUAGCGUGCCUGCUGGAGAGUUGCAAAAUACAACCCGUAUUUGUGUUGGUGACAAACUGUGUAAGAAUUCAAGGGAAAGCAGAUUUUAUAGUAUUUGUGCUGCAGAUCUGGAUUGUAUGAACAUGGAUGAGGGACUGUUCACUCCCAUGUAUGGAACAGCUGCAGAAGAAAGCCAUUCAGCUGUUACUUACCAAGUUUUCCAAGAGGAUCGGCCCUUAGAUAACAGGGAAGAGCAUACUGCCUCAGAUGCCAUACAGAGGGCAGGAGAGCUAAAGCUGCAGCAGGAAGAGCUGUUACCCCAAGAUGUCCUCCGCCCACGUGACGCAAGAGAAGUGUCUAGUGAGAAAAGUGAAUGGACUUCUGAUCCUUUGGUGGCCAGUGCUGCAUCUGAUGAAGCACUCAUCAGUGACCUGCAAGCUGAGUCUCUAAGGGCAAAAGUUCAUGCCAAAGUCCCUAACGAUCACACAGAACAUAGUAUAUUACAUAAUACUGGCCUACUCUCUAAAUUAACUAUUAACAUAGGCAGUGACUCAUUACAGUGCAUGUGUGCUGUAUCUGAAGAGAGGGAGAGCAGUGCUUCAGGAAUAGGAAGUCAGAUGGAUGAUUCACUUGUUAAUUUACCAAGUGAUAGUUCCUAUGUUGAUGGGAUUGGUGAACCUGCGGCUACAACAGUUAGCACUUGUCAAACUUUAAACUCUAAAAUGGAAAGAGAGCACAGCUCUGAAAAGCCACUAGAACGUAAUGAUUACUUCCACAUCGGUGUUAGCAGGUCAGGUAGGAUCCUUUCCUUUGCUCUAGAGAAGAUUAAUUUAAGUCCUGAAAAGUUAGCUUCAGAGAGCUUGGACAGGGACUAUCUCCCAGUUCAUGCUAAUUUCAAAGAAGCUGCCUUGAACAAACUUGAUGGCCCUAGUCCUAUAUCCCACCGGGGACCAGUAUGUAUGGAGGAACAACACUUAGGGGAUAGCGAUCUGGAAACUGGAAGUAUCCACCUGGCAAACAGAGGUGAGCUGUUCUUGUGUUCUGAAAAUAGUUCCAUUUGUCAAGAUGAGGAUAAAAUGAGCAUUUUAGAGACGGAGAGCCAUGCCAAGAGGGAGUUGAAAAGUCGGUGUCAAGCAGAUGUCUGUAGAGGUAAUAGGGCAGACAAGGCUGAGAGAGAAACUUAUGAUUUAACUCAAGUGAAAAGUGAACCAGACACAGAAGAGGUGGUCCAGAAGGUGGGUCUCCUGAAGCUUGGACUUUCACAAAGAAUGCCGAAUGACGAGUCUCACUCCAGACCUCAUCAGGGCACAGUAACAUCCCCUGCAUUUAUUUUCACUUGUACUGGUCCUGAAGCAACGGAAACAGGCCUACAUGACAAAACAGGAGAUAAAGUACAUGUGAAGAGCUUAGUUGGUGUAUUACACAACCAAUCUAGUGGGCCCAAUGUACUAGCAAAUGUUGAAAAGGAACCACAGAAAGCUAAUUAUAGAGAGAUCAGUGAGAAGAACAUAGGAAAUGCCGAGUCCAGUUUUCAUUGGGAAACCAGUGUUCUUAGCAAGGUUGUGCCCAAUGGGAAUAUGGUAACUUGUAUUGGUAUUGGCAUAGCAGCAGAUCCUGAUUGUGAAACUAAUCAAAUUGAAAACAGUUACAGAACUGAUGGUGUGAAUGAAGACCCAGACCUUACAGUUGUGCCACCUUUAAACCACAGUUUAUUGUCACCUGAAGAGGAGUGGGCCAACAGUGACAGAAGCCCAGACCUGUGUCUCAUUAACACUGAAUCAAUUCAAGAUGUUUCUAAAGCCUUUGGUAAUGAUGCUUCAGAAUUGAGCAAACAAAAGCUAACAUGCAAAGAAGAGAACGAGACACUUUGUUUGGAUAAAGACAGUAAUAAUCCUAACAGCAUUGGCUGCUUAGGCCCAUGUAAGACGAAAAGGAAAAAAGCCAGAUCCACAGUUAAAGAAUCCACUUUAAAUGGGGAGAUACAUUUUUUGGGAAACUCUGACGUGACUUUUAAGAAAACAGCUUUACAUGACACUUCUGAAGUGUGUUCUUCUUUGAUUGAUGUCAAGUCUAUUCGAGUGGAUAUGCCUGUAGCUAGUCCUGGUAAUGCUCCGCAGGCAAUUCCUGCCAUCCCAGCCGACAGCACAGAAUGUGUAGUGCCAAGUGCGGACCACAUUGCAUUACCCACAGAGGCUGUAUCUGAAAAUCCCUCAGAAAUGGAUUGGCACAGGAUCCCCGAAGAGUUCUAUGCUCAUUUUUUGAAUGAAUUUUCCUAUUACCCUGUGGGAGGACUAGCAAGUCAGGCACUUUCAGGACUGGCAGGUGGGUGUGGCAGAUAUCAAGUGGGCUAUCUAUGGGCUAACACAGCCACAGAGAACAUGACAGAAGAUGCUCAAUUUUUUAAUGAGGAUCUACACAGCAAGCCCCAAUACUUAGAAAAUACUUCAUUUUCCUUGGAACAGACCCCUUUUCAGCUGCCAGUGUCAGAGGAUGGUGUUGUUUGGGGGUGGCCAAAUAGAGGAGGACAGUUAGUCCCAACAACUAAGGUUUCAGAGCUAAACCCUAAUGCAAAAGUAUGGGGGACUCAUAUGUUACAUUUGGAAGCGAGUAGUGCAGCUGUUGGUGUGAAUGCUGCGUGGGAAGAGGCUCCCGGCCAUCCUACAGACUGUGACCAGCAGGGAUUGGAUGCCAAUGGUGAUGGCGACAAAAGUCGAGAGAAUGCAGCACUCCCGGACGCACAGGAGGCAGAGCAGACAGACAUGAGCACUCUGGUUCUGGACCAUUCCGAAUAUGAACCUCUGCCUGAGAACAACGAUACAGGAGGAAAUGAGUCUCAACCAGAAAGCCAGGAAGACCCUCGGGAAGUACUUAAAAAAACAUUGGAAUUCUGCUUAUCUAGGGAGAAUCUUGCUAGCGACAUGUACCUUAUAUCCCAGAUGGACAGUGAUCAGUAUGUGCCAAUUACAACGGUAGCUAACCUUGACCAUAUCAAGAAACUCAGUACUGAUGUGGAUUUGAUUGUUGAAGUGCUAAGAUCUUUACCUUUAGUCCAAGUGGACGAGAAGGGAGAGAAAGUAAGGCCAAAUCAGAACCGGUGCAUAGUAAUACUGCGUGAGAUAUCUGAGUCCACCCCUGUGGAAGAAGUAGAAGCACUAUUUAAAGGAGAUAAUUUACCAAAAUUUAUAAACUGUGAAUUUGCCUAUAAUGAUAAUUGGUUUAUUACCUUUGAAACAGAAGCUGAUGCACAGCAGGCUUACAAAUACCUUCGAGAAGAAGUCAGAACUUUCCAAGGAAAGCCAAUUAAGGCGCGGAUAAAAGCAAAGGCAAUAGCGAUAAACACAUUUUUGCCAAAGAAUGGAUUUAGACCUCUGGACAUGAACCUUUAUACCCAGCAGCGCUAUGCUACAUCGUUCUACUUACCUCCAGUGUACAGUCCCCAGCAGCAGUUCCCUCUGUACAGCCUGAUCACCCCCCAGACAUGGUCAACAACACAUAGUUAUCUUGAUCCACCCUUGGUAACCCCUUUUCCAAGUACUGGAUUUAUAAAUGGGUUUACAUCUCCGACCUUCAAACCUGCAACGUCUCCUCUGACGUCACUCAGACAAUACCCUCCUAGAAGCAGGAAUCCUAGUAAGUCUCAUCUGCGCCAUGCGAUUCCUAGUACAGAGAGAGGGCCUGGGCUGCUAGAAAGUCCUUCAAUAUUUAACUUCACUGCAGAUCGAUUAAUUAAUGGUGUCCGGAGCCCACAGACGAGGCAAGCAGGGCAAACUAGAACACGAAUACAAAACCCUUCAGCUUAUGCCAAGAGAGAGAUUGGAACUGGGCGUGUGGAGCCAAGUAGUCUUGAAUCCUCUCCUGGUUUAGGGAGAGGAAGGAAAAAUUCCUUUGGCUAUCGGAAGAAAAGAGAAGAGAAGUUUACAAGCAGUCAGACGCAGUCUCCAACACCACCAAAGCCUCCAUCACCGAGCUUCGAACUGGGACUGUCCAACUUCCCCCCAUUACCUGGAGCUGCAGGCAAUUUGAAGACAGAGGACUUGUUUGAAAACAGGCUUUCCAGCUUGAUCAUAGGAUCUUCAAAAGAAAGAAACCUCAGUACAGAUGCAAGCACAAACACUGUUCCUGUAGUGGGACCCAGAGAGCCCUCCGUGCCAGCGCCCUGUGCUGUGUCGGCAGCAUUUGAACGUUCCCCGUCCCCAGUCCAUUUACCUGAGGAUCCCAAGAUGGCAGAAAAGCAGAGGGAAACUCAGAGUAUGGACAGACUCCCUUCUACCCCUACUACAACUGCAUGUAAAUCCGUGCAGGUGAAUGGAGCAGCAACAGAAUUGAGAAAGCCCAGUUAUGCAGAGAUUUGUCAGAGAACGAGUAAAGACCCUUCUUCCUCCUCUCCAUUGCAACCCCCAAAAGAACAGAAGCCAAACACUGUCGCCUGUGGGAGGGAGGAGAAGAGCCUUUCUGAGCCUGUCGAGAGACGCCGAGAGCCCCCUGCCCUCAAGUCCACUCCUGGAGUCCCCAAAGAUCAGAGGAGGCAGCCUGGGCGCCGACCCUCGCCUCCAGCUGCUGGGAAGCGCCUGAACAAGGAACAGAGCACGCCUCCCAAGUCUCCUCAGUGAAAGCUGGAUGCCUGCGAGGGGUCUGGAAGAGCUGUAUUCACCGUGAGAAGCUCUCCCACUCAGUACGGAAUGAGCCGCUGGUUAGGAGCUUGCAGUGUCUGUGGGGCCCGUGGGAUACCUGCAAGUUACUUCCUUCUGUGAGUCGGAUAUUCCCCCUCUUGAAAAAAAAAAUCUAUUUUUCAGGAUUUAAUUAUAUAAUAUAAACCUUAUUUUAGGUUGGUGCUUAACUGGAGGUGAUACAGAAGUCUGAUGUUUUUCAGGAUAGAAAAUGUAUUUAUCCUAACAAAUGGAUAUUUUUUAUUAAGCCUCCACGUGGCUCUGAGUGCAAAGCUAUAAUGAGUUUUUCUAAAUUAAGGGAACUCUGCUACUUCCUUUUUUUUUUUUUUUUUUUUAUUUUAAUAGUUGGUCUGCAAGUGCGCAUUGGUAGGGUGUCCAGCAGUUGGAUGGGGGCUGAUGGCACUGGCAGAGGCAGCCAUGGCCUCACAGAGCAAGGGACUGGCAUGUCAGGACACUGACAAACUGGCAUAGGAGCUGUGUUUUCAUCUAAACCCUUAGCAACAGGUAACUCUAGCUUUAAAACAAGAUACAGAUGUACAUACAGUUCUUUUUUGAUCUAGUGGGCAGAACCUGCAAAGAGCACCCUAGAAAGACCUGAAACCUUUGAGUUUUGAUGUCCUGCGAGCAAGUAACCAGCCUCUCUCUCACUCCAGUUCCAAGUGGCUACUAUGUAAAAUAAAUUGAAAGCACAUUGUGAAUAGAACCUAGGUGAAAUUAAAAACUGCUGCCCACUGAUGUCAGAAGCUGUACCAUGAUGUGUAUCCCUGUGAGUGGGCUACCUGGCUCUCAUCCUCCAGUGCCUGCUCUAUCUGUGUCCCCCACACACACUCUCUGGAGAGUCUUGUCUUAGCCAGCUCUGUGUGGAUGUCUUCUUGUCCCUCUGCAUCAGCACGUGGAUUUAGAAGUACCUAGCCGUGAGAGAGUGGUGUCGGUGGUCCCCUCUGGCUUGCGAGGACAGAGAGUCCUUGCUCUUUUACCUCCAGGACGAGGGUCUUAUUGAUUGUUUCAGAAGCUGCACCUCUGAAGAGCGAGAGUGCAGUCAAGUUAGCAAGUUCAUAACAAAGUUACUGAUAAAUUAUUCUGUUUAAAAUGCCUACAAUUUUUCUUUAAGUAUUCUAAGCAGCAGACAUUAAAAUAUUUCCUGCUAUAUGUAACCAUACAGCUUAUUCCACAAAAUGCUAUUUAAUAAGACUGAAGGUUGUUUUGGUUUCUUUUUCUUUUUUUUUUCUAAGGAAAAAAAUGAUUUCCAUCCAAUAUUUAAAGACUUGAAUUUUAUUUAAACUUGAAAAUGACUUUGCCUUAACUUUUGUAUAAGACAGCUUAGAGCUCACGGAGACCUGCCCCUGGGUUGGCGGGAGUGGAUCGGUUACUCAGUUGCCAUGCGGAUCUCCUGGUGUUGGUUUUGCUGAGAACGCAUACUGUUGUACAAGAACUCCAGUGGUUUUUGUAACAUACCUACAGAUCUUCAACAGUUGAUCUUUUUUCAGAUUGUUGAAAAGUCCUGUAAAUGCAACUAGUCGCUACUGUGUGAAAUGUGUGCACUUGGGAGUGUGCUCUGCGUGUACAGUGUAAAUAAUCAAAACAUAUGAGAAAGGUACCCUACAGAGAAGAGUCUGAUAAGAAUUAUUGAUAUAUUAUAAAUGUUGCUGUUGAGCUGAUGUAGAUAAACUAAAUGUUGUGCUUUGAGUAUUAUUUUAAUUUGUUAAGGUUUUUCUUUUUCCCCUUAUACUGGUGUGUUGAACUGAUUUUGCCUCUUUGCUGCAAAAGGGAAAUGGAGAGUCUUAUUGAAAGCCUUUGGAUGUCUUCAUGCUCUAAAAAGAAUGUAAGUGCAUACUAAUCGUAUGUGAUGUGUGAGGGUUUUGAAGGAGAGUAUAGAAAGCAGAGACUGGCAGGAUCUUCCCAUGAAAGUAAAGAACAGAAUGUGCUAAUUAAAAGUAUACUUUGUUAAGUGAUUUUUCCUGCCAGAGGCAAAGAUGGCCUGAUGCACGUGACCAUUUCCUUCAGAGCAACUGUCAUUCAGUUACAUAGGAGUAUACGCAGUGCUGACGUCUCAGACGCCUGUGAAAGGAACAUAGGACGAAUUUCCUUAGAGAUGUCAGAUCACUGACAAAAAUUAAAAAAUAAAAGAAAGAAGAAGAAGAAAACAGCUGGCCUCUUGAACCCACACUAGCAGAUACUGUCUAUCUGGAAAGUCGAGCCUGAGGCCUCAGGCCCUUCACAUCACAUCUUUCCUGGAAGAGGGGCCAAAUUAUGGUCAGCACCCCUUAUCCCCAAGGGUGCUCUCACAGAGGAGCUUUGAUUUUUAAUGAGAAGUCCUUUCCCCAAGGCUGAGCAUUGCAGCACGAAACCUGUGUGGCAGAGCCAAGCUGUAGGUGCUUGCUGUCUGCUGGCUGGAAGUGUACAGCUCAGUGGCCGCACNCAAGGGCAGGUAGGCAGAUGCACGAGGUGGGACACUGAUUACUGCUUAGCCAGUGACAGCCUGGCAUCAGGAACUAAAGCCUUGCUCAGAUGUGAUUUUUAUAAGCACUCAUUUUCAGGAAGCAAAGGUGAUAUGCCAAAUAGCUGUAUAAUGUCAAAACAGAGACUUCCUGAACACUUUGAGGUUUUCCACUCAGAAAAGAAAUGGAAGUUAUCAAAAUAGGAAGCUGUUGAGGGUGCAUGCAGACUCUUGCUAUGUCACAUACAGCAAGUGUGAUAUGUGGUUUUCAUAAUCUAUUUUUAAGUUUACUCAUUCCUUUCAGUAUCUCAAGGUAUAGAAUCAGAGAUACCACAGUCACAAUGACCUUUUUAACCUGUAAAAUUGUGUGAUGAUGCUUAAUUAUCAUAUGGAAAUAUGGACUAGGAAUCUGGCCCCACUUCACCAGACAUGAAUUUCAAGUGAUUCCUCUCUCAUAGUCAGUGUCAUGAUGUCUCUGUGAACCCCUCCUGUCAUUGCAUCACUGGUUGCCACUAGUGGGUGGCAAGAAAAAAAAAAAAAAAGAAAAAAAAGAAAAAAGACAAAAAAAAAAGGAAAAAAAAAGUCUUAUAUUGCUGUAUUAGGGUUUCUGCAGUUGAUAUUGAAAAACUGGUUCAGUGUGUCACAGCAGGCGACUGAUGGUGCAUACCUGUCUUUGUGUCCCCUUCAGUGAGCUGUAGUUGUGGGUUUGUGUGCUUUGUAGCCUGUUAUACGGAAAGCAACAGACAAUCGAAGAUUCCAGGAGUGCUAACAGCUGCAAGUCACAGAACGGGGAGUGUAACAAGUGGAAGCUUGCCUGAGGGUUUCUGUUUCUGUUCUACUUUUCAUUAAGACUGGAAUCAAGCUUACAUGUAAACUAUUGGUAAUUUAAGUUUCCUUUUGUGUCAUUUUUGUGUAAAACUGUCUAAUUUGAAAAAAAUGUAGGUUAUGAAAAAUAAAGAUUUAGGCACUGUU